UUUUCAGUGUCUUGGCAGAAGUGUGUAGGGAGGAGCAGAGAGUCUUAGGAGGAAGGAGGCAGGAAGAACUGGAGCCCAGCAGCGAAGCCCUCAGAGCUGCACUGGGAGGAGGAGACACUUGGUUUCAAAAUGGCCUCCCUUGCUGCAGCAAAUGCAGAAUUUGGCUUCGACUUAUUCAGAGAGAUGGAUAGUAGUCAAGGAAACGGAAAUGUAUUCUUCUCUUCCCUGAGCAUCUUCACUGCCCUGAGCCUAAUCCGUUUGGGUGCUCGAGGUGACUGUGCACGUCAGAUUGACAAGGCCCUGCACUUUAUCUCCCCAUCAAGACAAGGGAAUUCAUCGAACAGUCAGCUAGGACUGCAAUAUCAAUUGAAAAGAGUUCUUGCUGACAUAAACUCAUCUCAUAAGGAUUAUGAACUCAGCAUUGCCAAUGGAGUUUUUGCAGAGAAAGUAUUUGAUUUUCAUAAGAGCUAUAUGGAGUGUGCUGAAAACUUAUACAAUGCUAAAGUGGAAAGAGUUGACUUUACAAAUGAUAUACAAGAAACCAGAUUUAAAAUUAAUAAAUGGAUUGAAAAUGAAACACAUGGCAAAAUCAAGAAGGUGUUGGGGGACAGCAGCCUCAGCUCAUCAGCUGUCAUGGUGCUAGUGAAUGCUGUUUACUUCAAAGGCAAGUGGAAAUCGGCCUUCACCAAGAGUGAUACCCUCAGUUGCCAUUUCAGGUCUCCCACGUGUCCUGGAAAAGCAGUUAAUAUGAUGCAUCAAGAACGGAGGUUCAAUUUGUCUACCAUUCAGGAGCCACCAAUGCAGAUUCUUGAGCUACAAUAUCAUGGUGGCAUAAGCAUGUACAUCAUGUUGCCCGAGGAUGACCUAUCCGAAAUUGAAAGCAAGCUGAGUUUCCAGAAUCUAAUGGACUGGACAAAUAGCAGGAAGAUGAAAUCUCAGUAUGUGAAUGUGUUUCUCCCCCAGUUCAAGAUAGAGAAAGAUUAUGAAAUGAGGAGCCACUUGAAAUCUGUAGGCUUGGAAGACAUCUUUGUUGAGUCCAGGGCUGAUCUGUCUGGAAUUGCCUCUGGAGGUCGUCUCUAUGUAUCAAAGCUAAUGCACAAGUCCCUCAUAGAGGUCUCAGAAGAAGGCACCGAGGCAACUGCUGCCACAGAAAGUAACAUCGUUGAAAAGCUACUUCCUGAAUCCACGGUGUUCAGAGCUGACCGCCCCUUUCUGUUUGUCAUUAGGAAGAAUGGCAUCAUCUUAUUUACUGGCAAAGUCUCGUGUCCUUGAAAUUCUAUUUGGUUUUCCAUACACUAACAGGCAUGAAGAAACAUCAUAAGUGAAUAGAAUUGUAAUUGGAAGUACAUGGGUUUGCUUUGAUUUGUUUCAGUUCAUUGGUGGUCAGCAAAUUAUUUUGGUGACUUAACCUUUUUCACUCCCUGGUUGGUAGUCUCAAUCCCUGCUCUCAUCAUUUUUACUCCCAUUUACUUCCCUUCAUCUUAUAUUAUUGGCUUUCCCUCCAUGUUCUACUCUUCCAUUCUUUCCGAAGGCCCAUCUGGAAACAUGGAUUCUGAUUCUCUCAUGAAAGAAUGCAUGGGCUGCCUGUGGAAACUUUCACAUUUGAAUUCCUUAGUUUUCAGAGACAUUCCUGCUUCAUGAUUCAAUGAUCUAAAAAGUAAGCCCAUUUUUUCCCAGAAAUCAAAAUGAAGGCUAACUCAUUCUUGACAACCAAGAAGAUGCUAGAAUUUCCUUUAGAACACUUGACUUCCCAAUCACUGUAUAAUCCAGGGACUCAAAAUACAGAAUUAAGAUUGGUAAGCAAGCAAAGUGUUUCAUUAAUACCUUCAAAUUUAUAGCCUUUUGCUUACUUGGUAAGACUUAAUAUAUACAUAAUUUUCAAAUAUUAAGUGCUUUUUAAAUGUUGGCAGUUAUUUACAAAAAAGUAUUUCAUAUUCUUAUGAGAUUGUGUUUCUCAUAUUUCUCAUAAUAAAGAUGUAUAACACCUGUACAGUG